AAUUAGAAAACUAACAUACUAUCCUGGCUCGUUCGACAUCAAUUAUCAAAAAAAAAUAAAUUUUAUAUUUUACAAUAGUUUAUCUAUGUACCCCAAAAUUGCUACCAUAGUUGAGAAAUUUUUGUUUUGGAUAAAGCAAAUUUGGCAAUAUCUCCAUAAACGAAGCGCUACAAUGGGUAUGCAAAAGAAAAAUAAUGAACGUCAAGAAGAACAGGAAUAUACAAUGCAAUGUCCACAUUUCUGCCCAGGAAUUUCAUGUGAAUGUAACAAAUUGGUUCAGAUUUCCUCUUGCACGGAUAUGCAAAAGAAAAAGAAUGAAGAAACGGAAUAUGCAGUGCAAUGCCCAAAAUUCUGUCCAGGAAUUCCAUGUGACUGUAAUAAAUUAGACCGAAUUUCCUCUUCCGAAAGUGAAGAAUACAACACUAUUUUCGAGACCAACAUAUCAAAUAAUGACCAUGAAAACCACGAACCCAAAAGAUGGAUUAACAACUCCGAGAACUUAAAUACGGAUUCCGAUUUUGAUAUUUUCAAUCUACACAGUUUGUAUCAUACGCCGGGGCAUAGCAUUGAAGGCAAUAUCUCCUAUAGUUCCACAGAAUCCAUAGUUCAACCCCCUACAUCAGAAUCUCUUAUUCCUCAUCAUGGCACAAAUACAGAACUUCUCAAAUUGCCUUCUCUACAACUUGAGAAGUUAGGAAAGCAUUGCAACUCUCAAGUACUGCAAUUCAUUGUUGAUAAAUGCCCCACCGAGAGCAUGUCAAAUGAAAAAUCCCAAAAAAUUGAUAAUACAAGUGCACAUUGCAUAAAACUAGAUAUACGUGUAUAUGAAAUGCCUUCAAUUCGGAACGAAAAUCAAGCAACAUACUGUAAAAUUAUGUUGCCUCAAGUCACGAAAUUGGACAAUUCAAACACGUAUUUCGAUUUCGAUGUCUACAAUCUACACAGUUUAUUUAAAAGCAAUAGUGACACUAAUGUUAAUGUCUCCUUAUGCCAAGCACCCACCUCAAAGGCCAGCCACCAUAGCUUUAAAUUAGAAAUAGUUCAAAUGCCUACUCCACAACUUGGAACAACAGAUAAGAACUUCGAUUUUUCAACAAUCAAAUGUCUUUUCGAAAGUUUGUCAAAAGAAGGCUCGAACAAAUCGAAAGAUCCUAGUUUACAUUGCAAAAAACCGGGAAAAUCUAAAAUGCCCUCAAUUCCGGAGGAGAACAUUGAAAACAGCCAAGCAAUUUGCAGUGGACUAGUGGUAUCUCAAGACGCGGAAAUUAUUGUUAUUAGCAGUGGUGAUGAUGAAGAUGUAUCAGUUCAAACUAAAAUGUCCGAUAUGGAAGCAGAAACAGAUUCAGAUAAAAAGUCUCCCAAAAACCCAAAGAGAACAGUUUUAAAUACUCGUUGUAACUGCGCCAAAUCUAACAAAUACGCAAAAGUUUGCAUUGAAACUCCCACGCAGUCUGAAUCCAAGCUAACGCAAAUACCAUCUUCCUCGUCCUCUAUACAGUAUUACACAGGAUCAUCAAUUCUCACUACUCGCCAACAACGUCAAUUGGAAUUGCAUCAUUUGCGAGUGCUCGUUGAGAAAAAGCGUCUAGAGUUAUUGGACAUAAAGUUGAAGCGCGAACAUGAUGAAAUGAGACGUUUACAAAAGCUCUUUGAGAAAGAGAUUAACAUCAUGGAAUUUGAAUUGAAGGAAUUGAGUGGUGAAAAAGAUGCGUAGACAUUUAUUGCCAGGAUAGUAAAAAUCGAAAAACACUAAACUUUGGAUAUUGCUGUAAAUCAAACUAAAUUUAUUUAGAUGAAAUAAAGGAAAUUAGGUGGAACAAAAUAAAAAACCUUGUUUCCUUUUUGUAUUAAAAA